GUCCCCUAUUGGCGGCCUAGCCCCGUUACGCACUUGCCUCGCGUUCACAUACCCGGGGAGGGCAGUAGAAAGGUGAUCAAUCUUCAUCAGGCUACAUUUCCAAUCACCUAAACACCCGAGCACGACAAGCCACGCCGACAAGGUUGGCUGCCUGGCGGGUCUUGGUGAGGGCGCGAGGUAGAUGGUGAACAGCCCCGGCAGCGGAGGGCAGGCCAGGCCCCCAGAAGCAACAGCUUGAAGGACUUCUUCGCAGUGGGAGCCUGAACUGCUCCUGGCCUCAGGCCCCCUGGAUCCGUCCGAGCGCCUCCACCCGGCUGUUAGCAUGAUGUCUUACCUCAAACAACCCCCGUACGGCAUGAACGGGCUGGGCCUAGCUGGCCCUGCCAUGGAUCUUCUGCACCCCUCCGUGGGCUACCCUGCCACCCCGCGGAAACAGCGACGGGAGCGCACCACCUUCACGCGUUCACAGCUGGACGUGCUCGAGGCGCUGUUCGCAAAGACUCGAUACCCAGACAUCUUCAUGCGCGAGGAAGUGGCUCUCAAGAUUAACCUGCCGGAGUCCAGAGUCCAGGUUUGGUUCAAGAACCGCCGCGCUAAGUGCCGCCAGCAGCAGCAGAGCGGGAACGGAACGAAAAGCCGGCCGGUCAAGAAGAAGUCGUCUCCAGUGCGCGAGAGCUCCGGCUCAGAGAGCAGUGGCCAGUUCACGCCGCCCGCGGUAUCUAGCUCUGCCUCUUCGUCCAGUUCAGCGUCCAGUGCCUCCGCCAACCCCGCGGCUGCUGCGGCCGCGGGCUUGAGUGGGAACCCAGUGGCAGCCGCAUCCUCUCUGAGUACGCCUACUGCUUCGUCCAUCUGGAGCCCGGCCUCCAUCUCUCCCGGCUCAGCGCCGGCAUCUGUAUCAGUGCCAGAGCCCCUGGGCGCGCCGAGCAACGCGUCGUGUAUGCAGCGCUCCGUAGCUGCAGGUGCUGCCACCGCAGCGGCCUCCUACCCCAUGUCCUAUGGCCAGGGCGGAAGCUACGGCCAGGGCUACCCCACGCCCUCCUCUUCUUACUUUGGCGGUGUAGACUGCAGCUCCUACCUAGCGCCCAUGCACUCUCAUCACCACCCGCACCAGCUUAGCCCCAUGGCACCCUCCUCCAUGGCUGGUCACCACCACCACCACCCACACGCACACCACCCAUUGAGCCAAUCUUCGGGCCACCACCACCACCACCAUCACCAUCACCACCACCAAGGUUACGGAGGCUCUGGGCUCGCCUUCAACUCUGCCGACUGCUUGGAUUACAAGGAGCCUGCCGCUGCCGCUGCUUCCUCUGCCUGGAAACUCAACUUCAACUCUCCCGACUGUCUGGACUAUAAGGACCAAGCCUCGUGGCGGUUCCAAGUCUUGUGAGUCCAGGAGUGAGAGGAAGUGGAGAAGAAACGCAACUACCUGCGCCCUCCGUGGUCCCCACCCUGUUGCUGCUGCUGCACCGCUCGCCUUUGCCUUGGCUUUUCCAAAACUGAAUUUUCAUUCCCCCAGAAGAUGUUCAUUGCUUGCACUGCCGCUCCCAGCGAAGGGUGCAGACCCUUC